AUGACUCCUUACCGCAACACGAGGUAUUGGUUAGCCGACUAUCGACGGCGACGUGCGUUAACUAAGGAAGAAAAAUUCAAUCAUGCACAUGCGCAACUCAGAAAUGUUAUUGAACGUGCUUACGGUGUUUUGAAGGCGAGAUUUCCAAUCCUAAAGCGAAUGACUCCUUUUCCUUUUUCAGUGCAAAGAGAUAUAGUCGUUGCUUGUUUUGCAGUCCACAAUUUCAUAAGGAAAUGCGAUAUUCGUGAUGAGUUAUUUAAGGCGUUCAAGGAGAACAAUGCUCAAGCACAAGGGGGACAAAAUGAUGGCGAAAAUGUACACGAUAUGGAAUGGGGUUCACAAGGAAAUGAAUACAUGGAUAAUUUACGUGACCAGAUUGCGAAUCAAUUGGGGUGA